GCCUAAUAAACGAUGAAUGAUUGCUCCUGAUUCGAUUGCUCUCUCCUGGCUGCUGCCGCUCUCCUCUCGAUUGCUUCUGUCUGUCCGGAGAGUUUUGAACAUGGCGGCUACACCAGCAACAAAUCCGUCACAGCUGCUCCCGCUGGAGCUUGUGGACAAAUGUAUCGGCUCCCGAAUCCACAUCGUGAUGAAGACCGACAAAGAGAUAGUUGGCACCUUGCUGGGUUUCGACGACUUUGUCAAUAUGGUCCUUGAGGAUGUGACAGAAUUUGAAAUCACGCCAGAGGGAAGGAGGAUAACCAAACUGGACCAGAUCCUGCUUAAUGGCAAUAACAUCACCAUGCUCAUCCCUGGAGGAGAAGGACCUGAAGUAUGACUCUUCAGUUGUGUAUACAUGUCUGUUCCUUAGUUGAUUUUUUUUUAUAUAAAUUUGUUUUUCUUUUGUUGUUUGAGGGGAAAAAAAUGCUUUUGUAACAAGCUUACCAGUUGAGCGUUUGCGUAAAGCUAAAGUUUUGAAUCUUGUGUGACACGGGAGCAGUUUGUGUUAAUAAAUAAUUGAAUUGCAGUGAAUUGCAGUUACUGGAA